AUGAAAAAUAUUAAAUUUGAUUCACUAACUACAGCUGAAAAUUUCGUGCGUAUAACAAUAACUCAAAGUUAUUCAUGGGGUUUUCCAACAAUCAAAUGUGCAAAUGAUGUUCCGAUAACAACUAGUGGUCGAAGUGGAGAAAACGAUAAUUUAACAUGUGUUGUUGAUUGCGGAUCAGAUGGUGGUUAUUCUUCAAAACCAAUUAAUAUACUUACUGAUUGUAUAUCGUCCAGUUCAUCGUUAGGAAUGAUGACAAGUGAAAGAAAGAGCAAUAUCACAUUAUCAGCUGGAGCACAUUUUUCAAUUGCUUAUCAAGGAUCUGCUUGGCGUGCUCUAGGUUCCCCAGCUAAGAGUGGUCUUGAUUGGUCGAUUGUAUGUUCGAUUGAUUUAAUAAAACGACCAGAUGGUUUUAUUAAUACACCACCAGUCGCAACUGUUGUUUCUCCUCAAUAUGUCAUUGUCAACAGGACGACACAAAUCAAAAUUCCCACCUCCGAUGCAAAUGCAGGUGAUGAUGUUCGUUGUCGAUGGUCAGUUUAUCAACAAGGAUAUCGAAGACGACGACGAGAAGAUCAAAAUGAAAUAGAUAUGUAUUAUAAAAGAGAUCUUAUAGAUGAUGAAAUUGUUCAACUAAGAAGAAGAAGAAGAGAAACCAAAGGUUGUGAUGAUGAUGAUUGCAAAUCGAGAUGUAAGAAAGAUUGUAAAUGCAGUUGUAAUAUUUGUAAAGGAACUACCUGCUCGGGAGACAAAUGCAAGCCAUCCGAAGAUCAAUAUUAUUGUCCUAGUACGGCAACUACGACAAAAACUACUAAAAUAACAACGACGGGUCUUUCAACAACGAGUGUUUCAACUACUAGUGAAACGCCUGGAACAGGAUUUAUUUAA